AUAAAAUACAUACAUACAUAAAAAUUUGAAUAUAAUUAGUACCUAUUUUAGACAUUUAUUAGAAUAGUUUAUAAGUAGGUAUAACUAAAUUAUUUUAAUUAUAUACAAACAAUAUUACGAACUCAUUAUUUAUCAACAAGAUGCUUAGUGAAAGUGAUGCUUUGCCAGUAAACAAUUCUCCUAAAAGUAAAAGUUCUUCAGGCUUAUUUAGUGGUUUAUGGUAUAAAAGAUCAACUAAAGUGGAACCUCAUCCUCUAUCUGAUGGAGAGCUUUCUGAUUCGUGCGUUAAUUAUGGAAAUUACAGUAUACAAAAGCCAAAAUCAAAGCCUGAUACAUCAUUUGCAAGAUGUUCACCUAAAACUAAAUGUCAAUCAUUAGUUAAUAAUACAGAAAAUUGUAAUCAUAAAUUAGAAGAAGAUAAUAAUCAUAAAACUAAAUAUAAUAACAACAACAAUAUUAAAAAAAGUAACAAUAAUAAUAACAAUAAUGUAUUUGUAAAAAAUUCAACUGGCAAUAAAACUGAUUCAAAUCCUGAAAAUACAUACAAUAAUGAAUUACGUCCAAAUGUUAGUUUACGUGUAAAGUCUUCAAAUAUUAUAAAUUUACAUAAUCGUCUUAGUCAUCAAUUUAGUUUAUGUUGUAAAACAGCUGAACAUAAACCAUCUUCGCCACCAGUAAGUGUACGAUACAAUUCUAUUCCCGAUGUUCUUGCUGAACCUUCCAAAACCCCUGUACGUGAAAAUAUGGUAUUAAAUUUAACAUCUGAAGGAAAUAAUGGCAAAGCACCGCUUGCUCAGGUUUCAGAAACAAACAGUGCACCAGAAACACCGAUAAAUCCUCCAAAAUCCGAUUCAUUUCGUUUACAAAAUUCACCAUCAAAUCAAUCUAUUCAUAGCACCCAAAGUAUUUACGAAGGUCAACCUAGAGCGAUAGCCAUAACUGCAUGCAGAUCAAGAUUACGAUUAAAACUUCUACCACCUGGUAAACCAAUUGUUAAUGAAGCUUAUUUGACAAAAUCAACCCAAAAAGAAAAUAAUAAUAAAAACUUUGAAGAUACGGAAAAUGAUAAUAUUUCGGAUAAAUCAGCUUUUGCUGAACAACAUUUAUCAUCGCCAGAUAUUUCUGGGUCCAAUAAUGAAUUUCCAAAUAGAGUUUGUCAAGAAAGUCGUUCCUUGUCGUUUGAUCGUAUUCAACCAUUUCAACCAUUUCAAAGACCAAAUCAGUCUGGAAGUAGCGAUUUAGCGAGACAGGCUUUAAUGGCAGCUCAAGUUCUUAACUUGAUUCCGACCGAAAAAGCUAGGGAAAGAAAUUUUUUGGCUAAUAGAUUAGCAACCUGUUCAUUAUUAGGAGCCACAGAAUUAGCUAGAGUCCUACCAAGCAAGGAGAUAACUAUUUUUGUCGGAACGUGGAACAUGAAUGGACAAAGCCCCCCAAAGCAAAUGAAUGAUUUUGUUUUACCAGCAAGUGUAGAAAAUGUUCCAGACUUAAUUGCUAUUGGCACUCAAGAAUCUUGUCCAGAGCGUUUUGAAUGGGAAGUAACAUUACAGGAAACUCUUGGUCCCUCCCAUGUAUUAUUUCAUGCAGCUACUUUAGGUACACUGCACUUAGCAGUAUUUCUUCGAAGAGACUUAAUUUGGUUUUGUUCUGUGCCAGAAGAAGCAAAUUUAUCCGUUCGGCCUGGCACAGCUUUCCGGACAAAAGGAGCAGUUGCGAUUUCAUUUUGUUUAUUUGGAACAUCAAUGUUAUUUGUAACGUCUCAUUUAACUGCUCAUCAGCAGAAAGUUAAGGAAAGAGUACAAGAUGUGAAACGUAUUAUUCAUGCACUUGAUUUACCAAGAAAUCUUAAAAUGAGACAUAAAAAUAAAGAUGUUACACAAAACUUUGAUAGUGUUUUUUGGUGCGGUGAUUUAAAUUUUCGUUUAAGUGAACCACGAGAAAAAUUAUUACAAUGGAUUGAAACAACGAAAUUUCCGUUGCCAUCACAUCUACCACAUGGCUAUAUGCAUACUGAUCAAUUAAAAUCUGUUUUAUCUGAUGGUGCAGCUUUUAAAGGUUUCAUGGAAGCUAAUAUUACAUUUCCACCAACAUAUAAAUAUGACCCCGGUACUCAACAAUUUGACACUUCAAGCAAGCAGAGAGCACCUGCUUAUACUGAUCGUAUUUUAUAUAAAUACCGACAAACAAGUAUGGCGCUUAGGAGGGGGAGCGUUGUUCCUAGUACAUUUCUGUCUUCUCAUCAUCACAGUGAGCCACCGUUAGUAUGUGUUGCAUACGACUCUGUGCCAUCAAUUAUUACAUCAGAUCACAAACCAGUUUGGGCAUUAUUUCGUAAUACCAUAAAACCAGGCAUUGACUCCAUUCCAUUAGCAGCUGGCCUAUUUAUUCGUGAUGUUUAUGUAGAAGGUAUGAAGCGACGCCUUAAUCAUUCAUAUUCUGGAUCAUCUGCCGUUUGUUCUAUUCAAUAAAUCAAAAAUAAAUUAUAGAGCAGAAUGAUGAUUUUCUAAUAUUACAAAAAUUUUAAUACAUAUAUAAUGUAAAAUAUUUUUUUAAUUGAAACUAGUCAUAGUUUAGCUGAAAAUAUUUAGUUCUAUAUUAGAAAUAGAAAAUUUAAAAAAGCACAGAUCGUUUCGAAUUCAAUUAACUAGUUUCGAACCAAUAAUAAUAUUUAAGAGACGUACUAUAAUAAAUGUUAAAAUUUAAAUUAGAUAAUUUCAAAUUUGAUUGAUAUUUUUCUUCUUAAUAUAAUGAAAAAAGUUAAAACAUUAA